GAGAGAGAGAGAGAGAGAGAGCGCGAGCGCGCACGGGUAUAGUUGUCUGAGGGGAGGAAAAGAAAGUAUACGCGUGCAUAACAAAGAAUGAAGCAACAUUUCAAAAGGAAAAGCAAAGACCAAGCUGAAGCGGUUAUGGACCCUAUUGUUUUGCAACAUAAACGUAUUUGAAUUCAUUGGGACCAUAACGUUAGGCAGGAUAAUACUGCUGAUUCUGUGUGUAAAUCCAAUUUGCGCUGCUGGGAACUUGAAUUCAUUGACACGCUUUGGGUUGCUGACACUCUCUUGCCGACAGUGCGCUUAACCGGAGAAGCGUUUAUCUUCAGCAAGCAUGAAGAUUGCCUUGGCCAGAUCACUUGCCGGGUUUUGCCUCUGCGCCUGUGCAUCUCUUCUGUAUGUUUCGACAGGACUCGUAGAAAUCGGGCACGGCAGGUCCAAGCGGUCUUUGGGCGCGCCGGGGGCGGCAUUUCUAACUCGCCAGCCAGACAAACAAUCUCCAAAAACUUUCCGAGCUCUCCUGGAGGGGCAUGUGGUGCACAAGCCACGCUUCAGUGCGCAUAAGAAUAUGAAUAACCACACAGGCUAUAGGUCCUUUACCGGUAAUCUCAAAGUCGAGCAGACGAAUUUAAACACCCACAACAGCAACCACCAACAGGUGCACACGGGACUGCAUGGGCUGGUAGAAGACGGGGUGUUCUGGAGCGAUCGACUGGAGUCCCUGUUGCCAAGCGGGUUUAGUAAUGCCCACGCUCAGAGCUGGAAAAGCGAAACGAGGGGAUCCCAGAUUGUCUCCCUAGAGAAGGGCUGCGGUCGGACUUCGAACCGACUGGCUCGUUUCUCAAAUGGCACCAAAGCUUGUGUCCGAUACGGAAUCAACCCCGACCAGGUGCAGGGGGAGACCCUCUCCUACUACCUAGCCAGCCUCUUGGGCAUCCCAAACCUGCCGCCGCUUGUCCUGUCCCAAGUAAACCCCAACAGCGAACAAUGGGCAAGAGUGCGGGGGGAAGUAAUGGACUCGCAGUGGUCUGAGAAGGCUGUUGUGUCGCUUACGGAAUGGGUGGCAAAUUUAACCGGCGUAGUCACCCCAGCGCCUCUUAGACAGGAGGGCAGGAGGCUUCACCCACUUCGGGAGGACUUGGAUAACAGGACUACAGGAGAAGUACUGGAGCUCGUUCAAUGGACCGACCUUAUCUUGUUUGACUAUCUGACGGCCAACUUUGACAGGCUGGUCAGCAAUGUGUUUAGUCUGCAGUGGGACUCCAGAGUGAUGGAGAGAGACACCAGCAAUCUCCACAAGAUUCCCAGCGGCGGGCUGGUGUUUAUAGACAACGAGGCCGGGCUGGUCCACGGCUACCGGGUGCUCGAAAUGUGGCAGAAGUACCACGAUACGCUUCUAAGCUCGGUGUGCCUCUUUAGGAAAAUAACUGCCAGCCGGAUCUUUGAUAUGCACCGACGCCAAGAUGUAGCAGCCAGACUACUGAUUCUAUACCGGGACAGCGAACCGCUAGCGCCAGAACUAGGAUUCUUGUCUGAGGACCAGGCUAGGAUUUUACAGAACCGUGUAGAUCAAUUGUACAAACAUAUAUUGAACUGCAAGGAAAAGUAUAGCCAGAGUUAAUAGAUUCAGUGUCUUAACGUUGUUUUCACGAUAAGGAACUAAUCAGUUAUGAAUGUCUUUUAAAGACGGGGAAUUUGCAAAUGAAAAAAAAAACAAAAAAAACAAAAAAAAACAAAAACAACAACAAAAAAAAAAACAUAUUGAUAGGUACAGCGUUGACAGACUAAAAUAAUUAGUAUGUUUGUGGUUUUGUACUAAAGCUCCCCUUUUAACAAUUACCUACCUCUGUAACUCCGGGAAGGGUCCGUUUAUCUGUGGUUUAUUUAAAUUGAAAUUGGAGGCAAACGGAGCCAUGUUAACAGCAUUCACUUUCAAUUAAUUUAUAUACCUACUAGAAAAAAAAAAAAAAAAAGAUUUGAAAACGCUAGUCCGAUAGAAAUGUAUUUCACCGGAAAUGCUAAUGAAUAACUGCUUAUUUAUAUCCACACA